ACCGCGCCCGUCCAGUUUCGUAUCAAGUCUCACCCGAAAUGGAAGUGGAUCUCCUGCAUGUGGCGGUCCUGGUGGCGAUUGUCGCCUACCUAUACCGCUGGAUAACCCGCAACAAUGGCUACUUCCACGACAAGCCGAUCCCCUCGAUGGCCGUGACACCGUUCUUCGGGGCGUCGGGACCUCUCCUGCUGCGAAAGGUCACCUUCACCGACUUUGUCCAGAAGGUGUACAACAAAUACCCGGGAGUGAAAGUGUUCGGAAUGUUCGAAACGAUCACGCCUUUCUUCGUGAUCCGCGACCCGGAGCUGAUCAAGCAGAUCGGCAUCAAGGACUUUGAUCACUUCGUGGACCACAGGCCGACGUUCGGGGUGGACGAUGAGCAUGCGGCUCAUCCGAAGGCGCUUUUCAGGAAGACGCUGUUCGCGAUGAAUGGUCAGCGGUGGAAGGAGAUGCGAGCGACGCUGAGUCCGGCCUUUACCGGGAGCAAGAUGCGGCAGAUGUUUUCGCUGAUGGGCGAAUGCUGUAACGAAAUGAUGACGCAUUUUCUGGGGAAGGCGAAGAGUUCCGGGGGAAGGGUGGAAGUGGAGAUGAAGGAUUUGUUGAGUCGGAUCAGUAUUAAUGUGAUUGCGUCGUGCGCGUUCGGGAUCAAGGUGGAUUGUUUCAAGGAGCAGGAGCAUGAGUUCUUGUACCACGGAAAGAAGAUGAUGGGUUUCGGAAGGCCGGUGGUGAUUGCGAGGAUGAUGGCCAUGCGAAUCUUCCCGAAGUUUGCCGCAAAGUUCGGAAUUGAUUUGCUGGAUCGAGAGCAGGCGGAGUACUUCACGCAUGUGUUCAGGGAAACGAUCAUGACUCGGGAAAAUAAGGGAGUUAUCCGUCACGAUAUGAUUGAUCUGCUGCUGCAGGCUCGCAAGGGUAUACUGAAGUAUCAGGAAGAGAAGGAUGAUCAGGAAGGAUUCGCUACGGUUCAGGAGUCGGACGUAGGCAAGGUGGACGUGUCGAAGAGUAUGUCCGAAGCGGAAAUGAUCGCGCAGUGCUUGAUAUUCUUCCUCGGAGGGUUCGAUACGGUGUCGACGUGUGCCAUGUUCAUGGCGUACGAGUUGGUUCGCAAUCCGGAGGUUCAACAGAAGCUGUAUGAGGAAGUGGUGCAGACAGAUAAGGAACUAGGUGGAAAGCCUCUGAGCUACGAUGCACUGCAGAAGAUGAAAUACAUGGAUAUGGUGGUAUCGGAAACUCUGCGGAUGUGGCCCUUGGCACCGGCUGUAGAUCGUCUGUGUACUCAGGACUACACCAUUGAUGACGGUCAGGGUGCGAGAUUCACGAUCGAUAAGGGAACGUGCGUUUGGUUCCCGGCAGCUGGGCUGCACCAUGAUCCACAGUACUUCCCCAACCCAGAAAGGUUCGAUCCGGAGCGGUUCAACGACGAAAACAAGCGAGACAUCAACCUUGGAGCUUACCUGCCCUUCGGUAUUGGUCCAAGGAACUGCAUUGGAUCGCGGUUCGCUCUGAUGGAGGUCAAGGCCGUUAUGUAUUUCUUGCUGCUGAAGUUUUCGUUCGAACGUGGCCCGAAGACCCAGAUACCAAUGCAGCUACGGAAAGGAUUUACCAACUUGGGACCGGAGAAUGGAAUGCACAUGGAGCUGAAGCUUCGGUAAACGGCGACAUUAGAUAAGGUGGUUUCAAUUUAAGCUUAGUUAGAUAAGAUAAGACUUUCAAUAAAUAUGUUUUAGGCGAAACCGGUUUUAGCGGUCAUCGAA